AUGUCAACGGAGGAUCAGGGGCAGAGGGACGAGCAAGAGGAAGGGGAGGAGGAAGAAAUCGAGCCAUACAUGGGCCCCUCGCAAAGUCAAGAAAAGAUGAAGUAUGGUUGUCUUGUUCAAGACCUCGGCAUCGAGAUCUUUGUGGGGGAGUCCAAGGUAUGCAGCGGCAUGGGCCUGUACGUCGCAGUGGCAGCCAGCGAGCAUGUUGCGGAAGUCACUCUUCCAGCAGGGACGUUGAUCAGCGGCUACUCGAAGGAGGGAACAUGGUCAUCGUUAUCGCAAGGGGACAAGGCAGUGGCAUUCGCCUUCGACAAGCCAGACACGCUGGUGGUGUACGACCGAGAGCUCAUGACUCUGAUCGACGCCGCGGGCUCUGCUGCAGACCUCUCGGACAACAUGACAGGAGCAGUCGCAGGACAUAACAUCUUCUUCGACGAGGCCUCGCAAGACCUCAGGGUAGAGCCAGACGUCAACUGGGCUCGAGGGAGAUUCUUCGUUCCGGUAGAGGACGGUGGGCCGGUUGGACCAGCCAACUUCGGCAUGUUUGCGAAUGACCUGGCGUACGAGGAGGGGAUGACGCAAGAGGAGUACGCGAGGAGCAUGCAGAAGAACGUGCUGCAGCUGGUGUGGAGGAUGGCGGUGGAGGAUGGACACCUCAGUCCGACAUGGCCUGUCGUCUUUCUCAAUCAGGCCGUGUGCUUCAGGAACGCAGAGCCGAUGGAGAUCGGAUUGAGCUACGGGUGGAGAUACUGGCAGAACCUUCAGAGCAAGCAGGAGACGAGCUGA